AUCAGCCGGUUAUGCGGCCAUGCUCAGCAGAGGCAGUAUCGAUCAGCUAAUUACCCUGAAGACCUUUUCAUUGACAAGAAAGUGCUGAAGGUGACUCACAUCGAGCAAGAAGAAACUUUGUCGAGCAGGAGGAGGGAACUCAUUAUGAAGCUGAAGUCCCACAGCAGUUUUUACAGCAGCUUGCCAGACUACAUCUGCAACCACAGCUCUGCUGUUCAGAAUGACACUCUUUGCUGGAACGGACAAGAAGUUGUGGAGAGGUACAGUCCCCAGAUCACGAGAAAUGGAGCAAAAGCGCAGCCUGGCAACCAUGAGGUGAAGAUGAAAAGUCCUGAGCCAGUGAUCAGCCAGAUUAUUGACAAGCUGAAACACAUCAACCAGCUGCUCAAAGGGAUGGCUUUGCCCCACCGAAAAGCUCCAGGCAAAACCCCGGAGGAGGAGGAGGAGAGCGGAGAUUGCGACGACGAAGAUGACUGUGGCAGAGGCUCCGGGGAUGGAGAGCUGCGAGUGAGGAACCAGCUCCGUUUCUUAGCAGAGCUGGCAUAUGACCUGGAUGUGGAUGACACCUCUGCAAACAAGCAGCUUCUGAACCAGCAAAGCAAAGACAGCGCCGCGGUCCCCAGCA